AUGAUCUCUCGUCAGAAAGCAGACGCGUCCGAGGCGUCGGUCGACGGCUUCGUCAAGUUCCGGCAGGACUAUGUCAAGCAUUGCAAAGACUCCAAGGCCCUCUGGAGGAAUCAUGGCUGGGACCGGAUUCCUUUCGACGCCUUCAUCGCCAGAGUCGAGGCCCUGGAGGAGGCCGGGGACAGCAACAUCUUCGGCGCAUUCCCGAUGUACAACGACAUCAAGAACAUGAACCAGAUCCCCGUCGACAUCCUCUUCCGCGACUUUGAGCUCCGCAAGUGGUGCAAGAUGGUGGUCCAGGAGCGCGAUCGCGCCGAGACCAAUCCCACAGACCCCGUCUUCGAGACCUUCAUCGACCCUGCGAACCGCAAGCUCCUCCUGAUGCGGGUCGGCUCCGACCUGCUCAUGUCCUAUCCGUACCGCACAGUGUCCCGCCUGCAGCUGCCCCAGACCUGGCUGGACCUGAGCAAAGCAGUCAUGGUGUGGAAGAGGGGAUUCGACGACUACGUCCUCGAACCGUACGGCCCCACGUACACUGAAUGGAGCGACGACGCCUCGUACGAGCAGGUGAUCGAGGACUGCAGGCGCAACGCGUGGCUUCCGCCCUCCAAGGCGCUGGCCAGCACGCCCAAAGCCGAGGGCAGCGGCAGCAGCGGCAAUCGUGGACGUGCCUCCAGCAGCUGCGCUGGCAGCGUGGCUGGGUCGUCCACCUCGUCGCCCGCGAGGACACGCAAGUCCGGGAAGAAGGAUGACGACGCGUACAGGGCCUGGAAGAAGGAGCAAAACGCUGCAAAGCGGGCGCGCAGGGAGGCGCGAAAGGCAGAGGAGAGUGCAGUUGCGCAAGAUGAAGAGUGGAUGCGAUAG